AUGCCCGCCCUCGCCGCCCUGACGCUGCGGCGUGUAUUCUCAACUCGCCUCGGUCCGACCGCCGCGGCCCGCCUCACCCCCCUUACAUCCGCUCCAGGCGCGGCGCCGCUGUCGACGUCAUCCUUCGUCACAGAGCAGCCCAAGCGCCGUCCAAGUGGUCCUACGGCAUAUGGCCUUGGCGGAUCACGUGCAGCUUUCGCACGUCCCCGUGCAAUGCGCGACGCCGACAGGCGUGAGCAAGCCUAUGAGGAGGCAGCCGAGGAGGAGGACAUUGCGGAGACGAUCGACCCAAUCCUUUCGCGCAACCACGACAUCCCCUUUGAGAUGGUGCAGCUUGUCGGCGAGGACAAGAAGCUGUCCGAGCUUCUCCCUCUCGCACCUAUUAUUGACUCGAUCGACCUGUCGACCGAAUCGAUCAUCUGCGUACAGGUGGACCCACCCGUUGUCAAGAUUGUCAACAAUGCCGAGGAGAAACGCAAGGAGCGUGAACACGACGAGAAGGUCCGUCUCUCGAAGCGCCUGGCCGUCGAUGACAAGGAACUCCAGAUGGGUUGGGGGGCUGCCGACGGAGACGUACUUCACAAGAUUGACACAGCGGUCGACCUGCUCAAGAAGGGCGACCGCGUGCAUAUUGUGUUUGCGCUGCGUUCCAACUCGGGAGGCAAGAAGCAACGCAUACCCGACGAACGCAAGAUGAAGAUUCUCGAAAUGUUCGAAGAGGGCGUGGCGGACGUUGCGAAAAGGUGGAAGGACGACGAGCAGAGCCGCGGACUCUGGAUCCAGCACUGGACGCCAAAGGAGAGCGUCAUUACCGAGGCGAGGGCCAAGAUUGUUGUGGGUGGCGUUGAGAAGCGCAAGGCUCGCGAUGAGCGCAAGGAGGCACGCAGGCUUAAGGAGGAGGAGCGGGCGCGCAAGUCCAAGGAGCGCCAGGCCCAGGAAAUGGCCAAGUGA